AUGGCCAAGAAAGCAGAGGGGUGUGCUAAAGUGAAGGCUACCACCUUGUUGCCGGAUUGCAUUGCUUCAGGACGGGACAGACACAAAGCUAAGCAAGCAAGCAAGCAAGCACAGGGAAUGGAUGUGCGGGAGCGCAAAGGAAAGAUGCAGGUACAUUGGUACAUGUACGAUGCCGGGGAUACCUGCAGGAACUCCUCUUACCUCUUGAACGUCAUUGACCCACUGCUUUUCUCAAAAAGACCCAGCCACAAAACUGAGUCUUUGAUGGUCGACAGAAUUGUUCAGUCGCCAAACUCCAUUGCCCGCUACGACGGCCACACCCGUCCACCUUCGUUCCGAGUCGCACGACUAAAAACCAAAAACCGUGCGAUCUCCUCCACGCCGACCCGGAGGGUUCCACCCGCGCGGACUGCCAUGUCCGACGAGGACUUCUCGGCCGCCGGCGGAGGCACCGGUAGGGUGGCUGGCCCGGGCAAGCAUCGAGGGCCUCGGUUCACUUGGAAUCCUCAGUACGAGGCCACCUUCUUUCGCUCCCUCUGCGAGUCUGUCUCGCUCGGCCUGCGUGAUGGUAGUACCUUCAAGCCCGAAGCGUGGGAGCAUGCCAUGGCCGCCCUCAUCGAGAAGCACAACGCAUAUGCCAACAAGGGCCAUCUCAUCAACAAGACCGACAAUGCCCGGAAGAAGUAUCGCCUCUGGCGCGGCUUGCGCGAGGACCCCGAAUUCUACUACAAUCCUCAAACCCGCACCGUGACGGCCACCGAUGACGCAUGGUCGCGCCACCUCCAGAAAGAGCCGCUCGCUCGCUCCCUCCGCGCCCGACCAUUCGAGCAUGAAGAUUACUACGAGAUCCUGUUUCCCGACGUCAUCGGCUCCGGCGGCGCGCCGAAACGACUGACGAAACCGCGCCGGAAGGGGACCGACACGGCCAACGGGACAGAAGAGUCAGAGGCGCCAGGGACUGCCAUCAUGGACCUGCUCACCGACACGGCCUACAUCAACCCCAGCCAGACGCACAUCCCACCGCCGAUGCAGCCCGCCAUGACCGCUCCGAUGGGCGUCCACCCCCCGCCUCAACAACACAGGGCCCCAGCGAAUACGAUGCCGCCACCACCGCAACCGGCGCGGUCCUCGGUCUCCUCCUCUUCGGCGCUAACCCCGCCCGAGGAGACGGCCCUUCAGUCUCGCAAGCGCUUGCAGGCGCCAGAUAGCAAUUCCUCGGCCGGUCACCCCCCCGACAAGCGCCGUCGUACCGCUGCCCCGGGCUACCUCGACUUGACUCAACAGCAACAGCAGCAGCAGCAACAACAACAACAGCAGCAGCAGCAGCAGCAACAGCAACAGCAACAGCAACAACAGCAGCAACAACAACCCCCACCGCCUCAACAAAACACCAUCACGACCCCGACGACUCUCCCGCAGUCCUCCAUUAACCCCUCGAUACUCCCACCGACCACAACCCCCGGCGGGACAGGGGGAGGCGGAGCCGGCGUCGUCGGAGGGAGCUCAACGGCGCUCGCCGACGCGCUGCACUUCCUCGCGGAAGCGCUGCGCAACAACAGCAACAACGGCGGCGGCGGUGGCGCGGCGGGGCGCGGGGGGCCCAAUAAGCCGAGCCCCGGGUGGCAGGAGCAGGCCAUGGACAUGUUCUUCCGUGACUUUGUCGCCGAGGACAUGGACCUACAGCUCAAGAUUGCGGAGAAGGUUCUUACCGAUGAGAACAAGGCCAUGGUGUUUUGCAAGAUGCCCGAUGUCCUGCGAAGGCACUGGGUCAAGCGGCUGAGGGAGGUGCACAAUAGGAUUGCGUAG